CUUGAGAAAUCAGAGAGAGAAGCUCUCAAUUUUCCUUACAAACCUUCAACUUGUUCUUCAUUUUCUCCUUCUUGUUCUUCACGAAAUUCUCUUUCUUUUUCUCCAAAACCACUUCAAUUAUGUUUCUGGGUGUGUGAGGAUUAAAUAUGGAGAGUUUGGCAAACUUCUGGGCACGAAAUCAUCAAUUCUGGGUUCAAUCUUCAACUUCUUCUUCAUCUUCAACCUUCUCAAAUCACUCCAAAACCACCACCAUCAUGUUCCUAGAAGCCUAAAUAUCAAUUAUGGAAAGUUUUAUAAAAUUAUGGGUUGAUUUGGGCUAUUUCUGGGCUCAAUAUUCAAGUUGUUCAUCGUGUUCAUCGCUGCACCGUGUUGUCCAGUUUUCCGGCAAAAAUCGUCAACUUAAAACGUGUUUUUCUCCCUCUUCCGAACUAUGAUUGCGACGAUUCAAAAGCCUUUGUUCUUCUGGAAGAAAGGAGAAUCUGAAUCCGUGAUCCAUUUAUCUCCGGCAAUGAACGCCGCCGCCGCCGCCGCCGCAUCUUCAUCUUCUCCGAUGAGUUAAUUUCUGGAAAUUUCCAGAUUUGCAAUUUUCAGUGACAGACACUGAAGAUAGAGAUUGAGAUGUUGAGAGAUGUGGGGCAAGACUUUGAGCGUAGAUCGAGUUUUGUGCGCUGAAAUUGCAUUUUCCAAUGAUUGAACCUUGGACCUCUCUCACCCAACUCAUAUGUCCCCUAGCUCUUACCACUUGAGGACAUGUAGGCUCAUUGUUGAGUAAAUAAUAUUUAAAAAAAAUCAAUCAAAUAAAUUUUCUCAAGAAUAAAAAAAAGAGGAAAUUUUAUUAAAUUUGAGUUUAAAAGAAGGAAGUUUCUAGAACGGAAGGAAGUUUCAUUCACAAGAGGCUGAAAACCUUUCCCACACAAUGGAAGGCAUCUCGUGGAGGAUCCAUGCACGCCUCUUCCGUGGCAAUAGAAACGUGGUAACCAUCAGGAGCAUCAAUGCAAGGCAGGUCUUCGACAAGCGUGGCAAUCCAACCAUCCAGGUGGAUUUGACAUGCUCCGAUGAUACUCUCUCUACUUUUGUCCUCCCAGUAUCAAGCGGUGUAUCUACUGGGAUUGACAAGGACCUUGAAUCGAGAGACGGAAGAUCAGAUUGCCUUGUAAAAGGUGUAUCAAAGGCUGUUGACAAUGUGAACAACAUCAUUGCCCCUGCAUUGAUCGACAUGGAUCCAACUCAGCAGACAGAUAUUGACAACCUAAUGGUUCAACUGCUUGGUGGAAGUGUUAAUGAAUGGGAUUGGUGCAAGGAAAAGCAUAUUGCAAAGCUUGCUGGUAACCAAAGGAUUGUUUUGCCUGUUCCCUCAUUCACUGUCAUCAACAGGGUAUCACAUGCGGGAAACAAACUUGCUACGCAGGAGUUUACUAUUCUUCCUUUGGAGAGUUCCAAUUUCAAGCUUGCUAUGCAACAGGGCAUGCGAACACAUGAAGGAGUCCAUGGUGAGAUUGCUUUGAAAUACGGUAAUAAGGCAGUACAAUAUUGUGACGAAGGUGGAUUCGCCCUGAACAUCAAGGAAAAAGAAUGUUUGGAAUUGCUGAGAAGUGCCAUUAACAAAAGUAAAUACACUGGCUCGGUUUUCAUUGGAAUGGAUGUUGCAGCUUCUGCAUUCCACAAUGAAGACAAAACAUAUGAUUUGAAAUUUAAGGAAGAUAACAACGAUGUCUCACAGAAGAUCUCUAGGGAUGCUUUAAAAGAUCUCUACACGUCAUUUGUGAAGGAGUACCCAAUUGUUUUAAUUGAAGAUCGUUUUGACAAGGAUGACUUGGAAACCUAUGCCAAGUUGACUGAAGAAGUUAGAGACCGUGUGCUAAUUGAUGGUGAUGAUCCCAUGGUCUCCUUUAUGAAGAGGGUUCCGAUGGCAAUUGAGUCAGAGUCAAAUACAGAAAUAUGCAAUUGUCUUAUGCUCAAGGUCAGUCAAAUGGGAUCUGUGACUGAGUGUAUUAAAACUGUCAAAAUGGCCAAAGAACAUUUUUGGGGAGUCGCUGCAAGUGGAGAGACUGAGGAUACCUUUAUUGCUGAUCUAUGUGUUGGUUUAUCAAUGGGUCAAAUUAAGGUUGGAAAUCCAUUAAGGGAUCCACGACUAGUUAUACAUGUGCGGCUCAUGGAAAUUGAGAUUGAGCUUGGUUCGGAAUCAUUGUAUGCUGGCUGGAACUUCCGUCACUGGUAAACUCAGGCACAACUUGUUGCAAAUGGUAUUUAUAAAGCUGAGGCAAAAAGUAGUAGUGCAUUUUGAUGUUACGUGAAAUGGGAGUUACGUGCCAUUUUAGCAUUUCUGAUGUUGUAAAUUGGAGUUACGUGCCUUUGUAAUUACCAUGUGACCAUCAAAAUGCUAAAAUAUUGGAAAAACACGAUCUGACCUCCAAUGACUUAUUAUAAACCAUUAUAUUAUGUAAGGCAUUUAACAUUAAGGCUUAA